UCUCUUGCGUCCUACUUGCUAUCUAUCACCCCCGAGUCCAGACCAUCGAAUUCGAUUUUUUAAACUCAUCAUGCAACAGCACUUCAGAUGGAUUGUGAUAUUAUCGCUCAUGGGCGCAGUCGUGGGAGCUGUUCCGGAACCCUCGCCGACGACUUUCAUGUGUCCCCAAAAACGGACCGAGAAAUUUGAUGCGAUUUGUAUGGAGGAUAGCUCUGCAGAGGUAAAAGCGGUCCAUGAUGUUAAGAUCAUGUUACCCACCACCUUGCGUGCUAAAGGACGACACUCCUGUAGCGCAGCAUCAUAUAAAGGGAAGUGUUGCCCGAAGGGUCUCAUCGCGUUGCCGGAUCCUAAGGAUGUUGACUCGGUGAAGUCCACGGUAGCCGCAAAAUGCUCUGAUCCUGCGGCCGAUGUAUCGACCGGGACCCGCAGUGGAACAACUGUGCGGUAGAUAGCUCUCGUGUCCCUCAUUCUGAUUGACUACUAGAUUCAAAGAAGCUCUUCCAAUUUGAGCAAGUUUUAUAUUUCUCUUCUUUCUUCGUUUUUCCUAUAUUUGAUGUAUAAAUGUAUAUAUCUACGCAAAGCGAUCUUGACGAACGACCUCAAUUUGCUUCAUGGUAGUGGAGGGCGAAGGUCCCCCCCUUACAGUUCAUAGAAUACUUGAGCAAUUUUCUCAGCUUGAUGAGCUGGUUGUAAUUAAUAAUCAUGUGGCCUCUUUUUUGAAUGAAUUCUUCAAUCCUUUCCAUCUUGCUAUGAAGCAGUAACAUAAAAUUGUAUCAAAGUAAUGCGG